AUUAAGGGGUAGACCAUGACAAAGUUGUCAUUAUCUACCCCUGGUCAUAUGCAUGUGCGACAGCGCAGAUCUGAUGGAUGUCUGUUUCUCUCCCUACAGCUGUUCCUGGCGGGCCUCGUCGGUCUCUACUACUGUCUCGUCGAGUUCUAUGUCUGGAAGGGCAACACAAGAGCGUUCGUCGUCAAGUGUGUCUGCGUCGGCCUGUCGUCUGCGUGCGUGUUCCUCUGUGCUGUCGCCUGCAUCUUCCCGGCGGCGCACGCCAUCGAUGUCUUCCACUACAGUACGUGCAACGCGACACCGCACGCCCCAGUGGCGCCACCUGCGGCUGCCUCAUGGGCGACGACGUGACGACGAAACUGUUGUGUCGAUACGGCAGGCGCAUGCGACGUCGUCGUCGGUCGUCUGCGCUGGUACCUGCUGGCGAUGGCCGUCGCGCUAGCCGUCGGCUCGCUCGUGUCGCUCUGGCUCAUGUUGCUUAUCUGGCGAUCGCGCUACGGCCCGCUUCCACUCGGCCUGAAGUUCUAUUCGUACAGCGCGCACCAACGACGACCGCCGCAUCCGUGGGCGCAGCACCCGAGUAGUACGAACCCACCGCACGGCUCCCCCUACUGCCAGACGACGGAACCGAUACCAGACGAACCGCUGCAGUGCGCGAGGGAGACGACGAAUGGGGAGGCGGAGAAGAAGCCGGACGAGAGAAAGAAGCUGAACAACGGGAAGGAGGAGGAAGAGUUGCAGCUCGUCGAGAACAAACAGGAAAGCUGAUGAGGUGUCGCUACCUGGGCGCGAUACGGCAACGCGAGCACCGCCCUUGAUUUUCGAGAGUUGAUAUAAUGUGCGGCGCUAUAGCGUCUGGUUGGCUAUACGUUCCUCGCCGAAAUUCAUGUGUUAUUCAUGUGUGAGGGGGGCGAGGGGAUAGCGAGUUAGGAUGCAGCAGCAGCUUCGUUUUUACGGCUAGCGAAGUGAGAUGCUAACGGGAAGAUGCUGAGGAGUUCUCAAAGGGAUGAAGCCAAGUUAGCACUAGGUGAUAGCGUAGGCCUUAGUUGACCUGCAAUUCACUACCAUCGGUCGGCAACAUUUGUAAAUAUAUCGCGCAGCCAUAUGAGCACGCCAUGUCUCUCACUUUGUUUUAGUUAUAUAGCGAAUAUUAUAAUUGAUUUCAAAUGAAAAUUAUGAAAACGUCACAGAGUCAUCAUCGACGGGUGAUUUGUGUUACCAUUAAAACGGGAAUCUAAUGAAAAGCGAUGCUAUUAGCGAGGACGGCGCCACACAAUGCGUAAUUUUCUUUGUCACGAUAAGUGCUUUUCGUCGACGUUUUGCAUGCAUGAGCGUAUUAAGUGUAGUUUUCCCACAUGAACACAGGUGACUGUACUGAACGCUGGUUUUUAGUUGUAGCACCAUGACAAUAUCACAAUAGUUCGGUCUCAACGUGUGAGGCAAUGCGAUAGGUAUUUUUCCAUUUAGUUUAAUCGCCACAAUUUCCUUAACGAUAUAAAUUUCUAUAAAACGGUAAAAAAGGUCCGAAAAUGAAAAGCAUCCUAUUUUUUUGAAAAAUUCGUAAAAUGACCAGAAAUGAAAGUUUUCUACACUGUAACACACUAGAUGGUAGUGGUUAACGAUUAAUGAACCUGCAGAUAUCGGAAAGCAAAUAUUUCCUACUAUGUCAAAUCUUCCAGAGUUCCUAAUGCGUUACUAAAAGCAGCAUUGGUCGUCGGUCACAUUUAUGUAGGUUUAUUAAUAUAUAAUGCUAUCAAUAAAACAAUAAAUCAACAGGUCUUCGCAAAUGAAAUCAGUGCUCCCAUCUACUGGGAACAUUAAUAGGCGCGAUUUUUAGCUUUAAUUUUGGUAUUAGUUGGUAACCAACUAUAUUGCUGAUGAAAAUGGGGUUACCAGCAAUAGCAGUCGUAACGUGUAGUUUAUUUUUAUUAUGUGGUCUAAUUUUGUCUGCAGUCUAGCUGAGCGCUGUAAUGUACAGCCGCGAUUUUGUGUAGGAAUCAUGUCAAUCAAUAAAAGGCAAUUCAAAAAUUA